AUGUCUCAGAAUAAUCUAUCGGCAAAAGAUGAAGCAUUGCUUAUCCUUGAAUAUCUUGAAAAUGAACAUAUGUCAAAAACAUUUUUAAAUUUUCUCGAUGAAAGUAAACAUCUCAAUCAACUACGUUCAAAUCUCUAUGCAAAUUAUGAAAAAUAUCAACACGAGAGUACGCCUGACAACGACCGUGAAGUUAGCGAAUUUCAAAAAUUUUUUAAUUUAUCAAAACAAAUCGUUUCACAAUUAAAUCGUAACGAAGAAAAUGAUCAAAUCACAUUUUUAUUAGAUAAAAGUACCAAUGAUUUAAAUUUUGAUGAUGAUUUUUUAAAUGAUUUAGUUAGUCAAACACCGCCAAUGGAUUAUCAAAAUUAUCUGCCUGAGACGCCAAUACCGUCGGUAUUACCGUCGGUAGUUAAUAAUGAAAAUGAUGAUUUUAAUUCUAUAGAACAAUUAUUUGCUUUACAACAUGAAACACUAUCAGAACAAAUGGGACAAUCUCUUACUGAUGCAUCACCACGAGUUUCUGUAUCGGUACCGUACACAAAAUGUAUUGUUGUUACACAAGAUUUUCUUCAAACAAUGUACAAUCAACAAUCGACAAUAACAAAUAAUACGAAUAAUAGUAUAAAUUCUAUGCAAAAACCAAAACGUCGUCGACGACGACGAUUGAAAGUUGGAAAGGAAAAUUUUUUUCAGCAACGAAAAAUUAUGCCAAGAACAUCACACGAUCAUCGUUUAAGCGCCUAA